AUGCUCCAAGACAUCGAUUAUUUCAAGGAAAAUCUUGCACACGUUGAAGGUUCUGGAAAUUCGGCCGAGGUCAUCUGGGAAAAUGUUAAUGCAAUGCCUGCACCUGAGGACGAAAGCCAAAUACAAUCAAUCGAGCAUACGGAUCCAACACCCGACAAAGAGUCUGCUGUAGAAGCUAUCAAAGUAGAGACUAUGACUGAUAAAGACCAGGUCGAUGACGAUAACACCGAUGCCGUAGAUGGAACAAGAGCCACUGAUUCUGCUCCAAAACAGUACUCCAUUGAAACGGAAAAUUUGGAAAGCAGUAGCGCAAAGCAGGAUGCAGUUGCAUCAGAAUCUUCUGAAUUAGAUAUGGAUGCAGCGCAAGAUAGUUCAAACCCAAAGCUAGCUGAGUCUGAACCUGAACCAGAAGCUCAGCUAGAUCUUCCAAGGACCGAACCUGAAACUGCAUACGGGGCUGAGCAAGAAAUUAGGAAGGAAAUGAAUCAACUAGAAGCCGAAGAGAAUAUGGAGGGUGAACCAAAAACAAAAGAAGAAAGUCUGGAUGAGCCUAUGACACAGGCUGAAUUAAAGUCUGAGCCUAGGGACGAUCCAGAACGAGAACCUGAGCCCAAACUAUCCGCGAGCCCUAACAUGGAGACAAAGGCCAAUACAGAAGCCGAAGCUCGAGCUGAAAAUGAAGGCAAAGGUGAAACAGAACCUGAAGUGACUGUUGAUAGCCAAGGUGAGGUAAAACCUGGCACUGACGGCCAUGAUGUAGGUGAACCUGAAUCUAUAAAAGAAGCACUAGAAUCCACUGGAUCGACCAAUGCGGACUCCGAGGGCCAUCAAAAUGAAACUGCUGUAAGCGAGAAUCAGCCAGCGACUUCUCCUACCGAGGAUAAAAUCAUAUCUGAAAACUCUGAAAGACCAGCUGAGGAAUUGAAGCUCAAACAGGAUCUCAAGACCCCUGCGACACCCAAAAAGUCUAAAAACAAAAAGAAAAAGAACAAGAAAAGUUCUAGAUAG